AUGAAGCCUGAUUUAAAUCUGCUCCUCUUCUUCGUCUUCUCCCUCGUCCUCGUUGACGUGUCUCUCCCUGUGGAACCGUGUCCCCCUCGGUGUCAGUGUGACUGGGACGUCCACAGCGUGUCGUGUUUUGGAGCAGAGGCUGUGCCUGUUUUCCCCUGCAGCACUCAGGAGGUGUGGCUCACUGGGACCAGACUAAGCUCUCUUCCUCAGGACGCCUUCACCAACCUGCCCAGCAUCUCUCACAUAUACAUCUCUGACGAUGUUUCUUUACGAUAUCUCGAGAGACAUUCUUUCCACAACCUCUCCAGCGUCACACACAUACAACUGACUAGCAUCAAAACCCUCUCAUACAUUGUCCCUGAGGCCUUUAAGGAUCUGCCCAAUCUAAAGUAUCUUGGAAUCAUCAACACGGGCCUCGCGUCGUUUCCUGAGCUGCGACACAUUCACUCCAGACAAGAGGAUUUUAUCUUGGAGAUUGUGGAGAACGCGUUCAUACAAGUCAUACCUGCCAACUCCUUCACUGGGAUCUCUGACCACGCUCUGACCAUGUGA